UGGUUUUUUGCAAGUUUUGGUUUUGUUGUUCGGUUGAGUCAAUGUGAAGUUUGUUGUGUGGGCCCUGCAGAUGCAUAUCGGUCACCUGUAAGUGACUGCUUUCCACCUUUGCAAGUGUAUCGCACGCCUCGCAGAUUACUCGCGAUGCUUUCGACCUCGCGCGAUAGCAACGGAAACAUGGCCUGAUCGUCCGGACGGAAUCAGUGUUUGCGUUGUUGAUAUGGUGCCGCAGUGCGCACGGACUACGGGCACUGCAGUUUAGCCAGUAGUGAUGUAGACUCGCGAUUCCCACCGCAGCCAUGGCAUCGCAGAACAAUCCCGAGGCCAAAAACUGGUCUAACCCCGCCAGCGGCGGCACUAACAACAACAACGUAAGCCAAUCUGCAUUAGUUCUUCCGUGGGGCGCUCGCAAGGAGCGACAGCCAUUUCCCCCGGGAAUACACUUCGAUACCGAUGUCAAACCGGGCGAAUUCGUGUUGCGCGUGCUCUUCGCAGAGUUUACGCUGCAAGCGGAGAAGAAAAUUCGCACGGUGCUCGCUGAGCCACUGGAGCGACCAGUUUCAAAGUCAUUGCAACGGGGCGAGGAUGCCGUGUUCGAUCAGCUACUGUCCGCGUUCGGUUCGGUGGCCGAGCACUGCCUGCCGUCGCUACUGCGCACCCUGUUUGCAUGGUAUGACCGGCAAACGGUGGAGACCGUCGACAUGCAGAGGCCGCGCGCGGACUCGCGGGCCAAGAGCGAGACUGAACCCCGCAGCGACCGCGACUACUUGCACGAGCGCAGGGAUCUCGCGAUCGAGUUCAUCUUCUGCCUGGUGCUCAUCGAAGUGCUCAAGCAGCUGCCUCUGCACCCGGGGCACGAAGAUCUGGUCAGUCACAUCGAAUCGCUGGCCUUCAAGCACUUUCGCUACCGCGAAAGCUCCCAGACAGGCCCCAACGCCCAGAACUUCAACAUUGUAGCAGACUUGUACGCCGAGGUAGUGGCUGUGCUGGCGCAGUCGCGAUUCCAAUCGGUGCGCAAGCGUUUCAUGGCCGAGCUGAAGGAGCUUCGCGCCAAGGAGCCGAGCCCUCACACGACACAGAGCAUCAUCAGCUUACUCAUGGGCAUGAAAUUCUUCCGCGUUAAGAUGGCACCCAUAGAGGAGUUCGAAGCUUCGUUCCAGUUCAUGCAAGAAUGUGCCAGUUACUUCCUCGAAGCCAAGGACAAGGACGUCAAACAUGCUCUUGCUGGCCUUUUCGUCGAGAUUCUUGUUCCUGUUGCUGCGACUGUCAAGACUGAAGUGAACGUACCAUGUUUAAAAAACUUUGUCGAAAUGCUGUAUUCAACCCUUGACUUGUGUACCAAGAAGAAGCACAGCCUGGCACUGUUCCCACUGGUGACGUGCUUGCUUUGUGUGAGCCAGAAACUCUUUUUUCAGAACUGGCACUGCUUUCUAGCAAUGUGUCUGUCUCACCUCAAGCACCGUGAUCCGAAAAUGUGUCGUGUGGCACUGGAGUCGCUAUACCGACUGCUUUGGGUAUACAUGAUUCGUGUAAAAUGUGAGAGCAACACAGCUACGCAGACUAGGCUUCAGAGCAUCGUUAACUCGCUUUUUCCCAAGGGAUCCAAAGCGGUUGUGCCGCGGGACACCCCAUUGAACAUCUUUGUUAAGAUCAUCCAGUUUAUAGCGCAGGAGCGCCUUGACUUUGCCAUGAAGGAAAUUGUCUUUGAUCUGCUCUCUGUUGGCAGGCCAAUCAAGAUCAUCCUUACUCCAGAGAGAAUGAGCAUUGGUUUGCGGGCUUUCCUCGUCGUCGCUGACAGCCUGCAACAAAAAGAGGGCUGCCCACCAAUGCCUCGAACUGUUGGCGUUCUUCCAUCAGGAAACACCCUCAGAGUCAAAAAGACUUUUAUUAACAAAGUGCUUACAGAGGACACUGCCAAGAGCAUUGGCAUGUCUCAGUACUACUACUACGUUCGAAAGGCUUUCGAUGACAUCCUCAAAGCACUUGAUGUCCAGUUUGGUCGACCUCUGAUGAUGACUACAACACAAAAUGCCAACAAGGAACCAGAUGACAUGAUAACAGGGGAACGGAAGCCCAAGAUUGACCUUUUUCGCACCUGUGUUGCUGCAGUGCCGCGACUAAUUCCCGAUGGAAUGCGAAGGCAAGACCUAGUGGAGAUGCUGUCAAGGUUGACAGUCCACAUGGAUGAAGAACUGCGUGGUUUGGCGUUUCAGGCUCUGCAGAACAUGGUGUUGGACUUUCCGGAAUGGAGAGAGGAUGUCAUCCAAGGUUUCAUUCAGUUUAUUCUUCAAGAAGUCAAUGACACAUUUCCACAACUGCUAGACAAUGCCUUGCGCGUGCUGCUACAAUUCUUGACCACGUGGAAGAAUGCUCUGAAUGGGUGUGGUGUCAAGAAAGAGGUGUCGGAGAUACGGAUUGAACAGAUGACAAGUGCCUUGCAUCUUGUUGAGGGUGUGGCUUUGGUAAUGCUCUGCAACUGUAGGUUGUCUACGCGGCGUCUUGCAGCUCACAUCCUCAAGGAGACCAAGGUUGUAAUGAAGCUGCAGCUGCCACCACGUGCAGAAGAGCCCGUUGUGGAUGUCAUUGACCGAGCUUGCCCAGUUGCCAUCGAAAAGUGUCUGCCCUACCUCCCCGCUUCAGAGAAGUCGGCAGUCCUGUCUGCACCAGUUGUGGAUCUCCAGUGGCUUGCCGAGCGAUCCAGCUCGGCCUGGACCACAGGCAGCCCCGAAGGCAGUACAGAAGGCUCCAACAGAAGUCCCUUGGAUGUUCUUGACUUGUCUUGCAUGGAUGCCUGGUGUGCCUGCCUCAUGAGUUUCAUCCACCAGGACUAUGUUCUGAAACAUUGUCCUACUGCUGUAACACAGUCAUGGCCAAUUGUGACCUCACGGAUCACUUGCCUCUUCACUCACAUCGAACUGAAUCCAGUAAAUGAUAACCGUGCCUCUCUUCUUCGUACCACAACUGUCAAGAAGGCACCCACAGAAAGGGAUGUGUAUCUCAGCUUAUGGAGAAACUAUCUCCUUUAUGCCUGCCGCGUUGCACCUUCCAACAGCAACAUCACUGUGCGCUAUCUCUCGCCUGACCUGAGCUUCAGCUCUUCUCCAGAGAACAUGUCUUCUGACCGGGCUGAACAUAGGUUUACAGGCAUCAGCAACAGUGGAAUAAGUGCUACUACAUUGUUUAAGCAGAUUGUGCCCCUUUUGAGGAGUGAGCAGAUGGAUCUGAGAGGAGCCGUCGUCCUUGGGUUGUCACAUGUCAACAGCCUUGCACUCAAAGACUUGAUGGAAGAACUGGUUGGCUACAUACGAGAAGCCAUUGACAGGAAGCAGGAGAAUGUACGUCGCCGAAGACGACGUGAUAUACUUCGGCUGCAGCUCACACGACUGAUGGAAUCGGUUGCCGAGCACGGCACCUUUGGAGUGAGCUCUUGCAUUCUAGAUCGUGAUGCUGGCACACUCAACACAUCUUUUGUUGAGUACAUUGAUGGGGCACGACUCUUUCUCGAAAGUGAGAACGACAAGGACGUGCCUGAAAUCGUGCAGGAGAUCAAGCUUCACUUCUGCAACUUUGUCCACAAGCUGAUCAAGAGCUUUUCCUUGGAGAAUCACACUCACCUCCUGGGCCAUGACCUAAGGCGCAACCUCUUUUAUCUCUUCGCCACGUGGAGCGGAAAUCUCGGCGUCCCCUUCGGCGUUGUGGAGAAGCGAAAUUCAGCCGACGAGAGCCUCACCGAAUUGGAGUCCUCGGCACUCCAGGCAACGUCCUCUGUUCUUUGCUGUGGGCCGUGCAUGGAUCCACCUGGUCUGAAUGAAGAGAGCGUCAUCUACCAUUGGUUGGACAGCCUGCUUAGAUCCAAGGAUGAGAAGCUAUACCAUCUGGCUCAAGAGACAGUUGUCCUGUUGCUUGACUUCAAUCAGGAUGCGGGCAUGCUGUUAGACUGGCUUGUAGACCGAUGCUACACUGGGGAACCUCAGCUCGCAGACGGGUGUUUUACGGCGCUUGCAACGGUGUUUAGCGUACGUGAAUACCCAUGCGAUCACUACAUGUCCAUCAUCUGUGUUACGCUUCUGAAUGCUGGCUGCCCAAGGGCAACCAUUCAGGAGAUGGCAUUGCAGCUGCUGCACAUUCUUGACCACCGCUUCUUUCACUCCAAGUCGGCGCUCACCAUAGAGGAUGAUCAGCUGGACAGCAUACAACUGCGUCACCGUUCCCUCUCUGGUGACGGUCUCAUCAUAGCUGGCUACCCUUGCUCCCAGGAAGAGCUGUGCCGUCAGAUGGCUCAGGUGCAUCCUGAGCUGACCAUGCGGCUCUUCUCGGAGGUGACAGGACGGUUCCAGACGGCACGGCCAGAAGUGCGCCAGAAUUUGCUUCGAUGCCUGCUGCCCUGGCUGGGGAACAUGCACCUCGUUGAUCCACACUUGACCCCUGGCCAUCCUCAGGAGCUUGAGACUUUGGCACCAGGCGAACGUCGAGAAGGAUGGGGAUCUGCUGAAGCCACAGAAAUGGUGCUCAACAACUUGUUCUACCUGACAGCAAAGUUUGGAGACCAGCACCCCAAGGAGAUGGAAGAACUCUGGGCCCUGCUGUGUCGCAGUGGGGCCUCCAAUCUGCGGGUGAUCGUGCGAUACCUGCUGAUCGUGGCUGGUUUGGCCCCCGGAGAGCUUCUCCCGUCAGCCAAGCGCGUGGCACUACACAUGGGGCGUGCCUGCCCUGAUCGGCUGCUGGAUGCCCUGCUUGCUGAGAUGCAGCUGGCCGAGACGCUGGGCUUCUCGGUCGAACGGACCGAGACGCCACCAUUCUUUCGCCUCACCAGUGCCCGCAAAGGCAGCAGCAGCCACUCAGAUGAUGGCAACCAGGCCCCAGAUGUUGCCCAGGAACGUGGCACCCUACACACCAAGAGACGCAGCACGGAGGACGGGUCAAACGAGUGUCGAGGUGGUUCUCUGCGGAGUAACUCUAGCGAACGGUCGCGACAAGAUCGCUCGAUGCUGCUGUCUACUGACGAGCCCAGGGACUCCCAGCCAGAUGAGGAGCCAGAAGUGCUGGACAACUUUGCCUUACUGCGUCGGGCUGCUGAACAAGAAGCAAAGCCAGAGACGCCUCAGCCACAUCCCUUGCCAAUGCCAGAGUAUGGUGGUUACUAUGCACCAUUGUCCGAGUUCCUUCCCGAAAGCUCACUGCCUGUGGUAGGCUUUCACAGGUGUAACCUGGCAGUCAUGUUGCUCACCGACGUGGUGGUGAGCGGUGUGCCUCUGGAUUGGGGACCUCACCUGCCCAUGCUACUCCACGUGCUCUUCCUCGGCCUCGAUCAUGCUCGGCCGCUUGUGCACGAACACUGCUCUCGCCUCUUGCUCAAUUUGCUCGUUGUUGUGGCUCAGCACAGGGACCACUUGGGAAUAGCACGCAUCCUUCUCGACAACCGUGUUCAACAACUGGGUUACGGAAUACAUUCCCAGCCACGCAUGCUCUCCACUAUCAAUUUUACAGAGCCAGUGUCGCUGAUUGACGCCACGACGUCUGCUCAACCCACUCAAGCAGCUGUGACCACAUCAGUGCUCGACCAGUCGUUGGCCAAUCAGUGCAACACAAAUACCUCAUCGUCAGCAGCAACAACUAUGACAACAACAGUUACAACAACCACGGGAUGCCAAACCAAUAUGCAGUCUAGCACCAACCAGCCAAAUUCCGAGUCUACAGUACGAAUUAAGCUGGGAGGCACAGACAUAGAACAAGAUUUUUGUUGUUCACGACCCAUUGAAAGAACGAUCAAGGCGCUCAUCGACUUCCUCGCUUCCAAGAAAGACUCGGCUUUAUGGGCUUAUGAGGACAUCACGGCGAAAGUGUGGUCCGUGAAAAGUGCGGAGCAGUUGAGCACAUUUGUUCAUCACGUGGUGACUGUCUUCACAGACUCGCUUCCACAGGCUCACAUUGAGCAGCGGUGGGCACAAGUUGCCCUCCAGCUGGCACUCUCGUGCUCGUCGCGUCACUAUGCAGGCCGUUCGCUGCAGAUAUUUCGUGCACUGCGUGUGCCGAUAACGACGCGCAUGCUGGUCGACAUCUUGUCGCGCCUCGUUGAAACUGUCACCGAACAGGGAGAAGACAUGCAGGGCUACGUGACGGAGCUAAUGCUUACGCUCGAGGAAGGUGUCGACUCUCUCGACACGAACCUCAGGAUUGAUGACUUGAUGAGAGAGAUAUUUCAGUCGGCACCAAACAUCGCUGGCAAAGAUAACCGAAGGAGUGCCCCGCCACCCUUGGACUCACCGGUUGGAACCCCGUUUGUUUCUCACAUGCGCAGCACUUCGUACUCGGUCUCCUAUUCCGGCAAAAAGCUGCCCGAAAGUCCAACAUCCGACUGCCGUGAGUCCAGGUCGAGGGCUUACACCGAUGACGAGGCAAGGUUGCGUGGCAACAGCCUCGGACGUUCUCGCAGUGCUCUCUCGCUGAAGACGGCUGACGAACAGUACACACAAGAAGAUAGGAUGACCCUGUUGGCACAGUUCUUUUGGAUUGCUGUGUCCUUGCUCGAUUCUGACUACGAGCACGAGUUCCUACUCGCCCUGCGAUUGUUGGAAAAGGUGCUUAGCAAGCAACCACUGGAGAAUGCAGACUUCCUUGAAAAAGUGGACAAGAUACAGCACCAGAUGAAGUGGCCUGGCUUUCCUGGGCUGCACGCUUUGCUGCUGAAGGGUUGCACCAGCCCGGCCGCAUUUGACCAGACCAUCAACAUCCUUUGCCAGCUGACCCAUCACCUAGAUGUGCCAGUCGUUGACCCUACAGAAUCGCUGGCUUUCCCAUUUCACGUAAUGGCACUGCUGCCAUACCUGCUCUUCAACUUUGAUGACCCUGCUCCGCUGUGCGUUCGUGCGGCAAAGGCAAUCGCCCAUGUGUGCAUGGAGCGAUCACAAAAGCUGGAGAACCUUGCCACAGUGAUGACUCUUUACAGUCAGCACUCAUUCAGCAAAGAGAAUCUGCAGUGGACCAAGUGUGUGGUCAAGUACCUCUACGAUGCCUACUCUCACGUAUUCAUUGGUAUCGUCUCUUUUCUUGUUGAGACAGUGGAGAAAGGACCUCCCUCGUUGAUGCAGCAUAUGCUGAACGUCCUCUACUGUAUUCUUCUCUACAUGGACAUCCAAAGUGCAGCACAGACAAUCAAUGCUGACCUGCUGCGAGCCAUUGCUCGUCACGUGGAGGGCUCUCACUGGAAGGACGUGUUGAAGAUCUUGAAGCACGUUGUGGCUCGAUCGUCCAGCUUGGCUGCACCACCUUCAUCAGUUCCUGCGUCCCUUUCGGGUGUAACCACAGCCGAUUGCAUUAGUAUUGCCUCCAGCACUUCGUUUGCAGACUCGGAGUUUUCUGCCAAACGAGAGCUGCCUGGUCGCACUAUUGAGUUUACGUUUGACCUUUCCAUAACUCCCGUCGUAGGCCUAAACCCAGACACCAAAGAGGAGACAAACGAGACCAAAGAAGAGAAAAGUUCCCCAAGGCGCAGCCUGUCACACAACCACUCCUUUAGCGAGAAUGGCUCCCUCGGGGGCUGGAGGCGCCCGUGGCUGUCACAAGGACGAACUCGCGAGCAUCUCAUCAGCCUGUUGACGGCCUGUGGCCAACGUGUCGGGCUUCCUAAGAGCCCCUCUGUGAUUUUCAGCCAGACCAGCGAUGUGGCCGAGCGUCAAUCCUCCAUGUGCAGCAGCACGGAGGAGGUGUCCGCCACCAACAAUGAUGUCUCUGCUGACAGCAAGCUAGAUGACGGCACGCACAGUGACCAGCAGUUUGGCAUCUUCAAGGACUUUGACUUCCUUGAGUAUGAGCUUGAAAGUCAGGAAGGCGAAAGCAUGGACAACUUCAACUGGGGAGUACGGCGCCGGUCGCCCCCCAAUUUCGAGGUGCAGUGCCCAGGUGUGGUCCAGCCCUCCGGAUCCGACUCCAGCAUCACCGUGCGCUACAGCAUCACCACACCGCGGCGGGAAGAGUCGUCCGACGACGAUGCUGGCAGCGUUUCACCCCUUUACGAUCAUUCAGAGCUGCCAAGCUGCACCAGCAGCCUCGUGUUCCCUGCGAUCUCACUGCCUCUCAAAGGCAGCUUUCGCAGACCUGGAAGCCCCGUGUCUGGAUCAUCGCAGAGCUUUGUCAGCGAUGGCGACCUCACCCUUAGCAACACUUCACCAAGCUUCUCGCCACUGACUGCGACUGCACCGCCGCUUGAUGAUGCGGAAGAUGCCUGGAGAGCCAGCCUACACCGCUUGAUGGCUGCUUCUCCGGAGGACACCAGCUCCAUCUACCAGACGCUGGGGCGCCUGCUACGAGAGUCAUUCCGCAAAGUCUCGCGCAUGACACGAGAGUGCUGUCAGCUGCUCUCGGGCACCGACUGCCUCCGCCGUGUGACUGCCCUGUUUCUCAACAUGCUUGAUGUGCUGGCCACUCAAGCAGAGCUGCCCUUCGUCUACGUGGACCCGCAAGUGACUUCCAUUGGACGUGGAGGAGCAGUGACAGAGCGUCUGCGCUGCCUGGUGCUGGAGGAGCAGGAGCACUGGGAGACGUUCUUGGAGAAGCGGGAGCAUCUGGCUGAGGCAGCGGACGCUGUGCGCUCAGGUGCCAAGCUGGAGGCCCUUGGUGAAGCACUCUCCCAAGAACUCCUCCUGGAGCAGCGCCUUGACCUUUGCCGUGCACUCUACCGACUACACUUUCAGGUCCUGCUGCUGCUCGAAGGCUAUCGGCGCCUGCUCGAGCAACUGGGCUGGGCUGCGCCUCAGUGGCAGUUGGCUGACCUGUCCCAGGAGCUGACGGCCGUGCGCAGCGAGGUGCUGCGCUCCAUCGAGGACACUGAGAGCGAACGACUGUCACCACCACCUCCUGAGGGCGCCGAAUCUGCCGACCCCGAGGACACCCUGGCUGCACUGCUGAAUGAGAGGCGGUGGGCCGAAGUAGCCAGGCACCUACACGGGCAACACAGUCCUGGAGAGGACGAAGAUCUAGAGGCCGUGCUUGCUGCCUACUGCCAGCACCUCAGCCAGCAGCGAGCGGGCAUGCCACCAUUUUUCGCCAUGACCCACCCCGAUCCAGAUUUGGCGGUGGUCGGACAGCGGCUACGAGAGCUCAGCUUACAGCUGUCCUCUGCACUGCAUGCCUUAGAUAUCACAGCUGUGUCAGGUGCCAUGGUCGCAUCACCGGACCACACCUGCAUUUUUGACUCAUCGCUGUUCCGCAAGUCAGACUGCUGAAGAUUUCAGCCACGGAACGGCAUGUAUAGGUCACUGCGGCUUUGGCCCAUUGCACUGCCAUCUGAAUGUUGUUGACCUGUCAGUAGGGGCAGACUGGAAUCGUUGCAUGCAGUGGUGUCAAAACGGUGCCGUUGUGUUUUGCCAUGUGCAUCUGACUGUCUUGAACUUUUCAAACUGGCCCUCAGCACUGGGCAUGAAUAUAUGCACAGUGGCCAUAUUUUUAAGCUGGUCCAUUGAUCAAACAUUGUUGUGCUUGCUAGUGUUUGAAAGUUGCUUAAUUUUUUUGGGCCUCAUCCUUCAUUUUAUUCUGCUCUUUUCAUUGGCAUUCACUUGUACGAAUUUUUUUCCCUUCACUUGUGUUGAAGAGGGUUCUGACAUCAUAGCACGAUCAUUUGUGUUUCUGACUUCUGUUGUAGAAUUUACUACUCCAAGAAAGGUGCUUUUGCAUUGCCCUCAAAGGAAAAUGCAUAUACUGACCAAAAAGUAAGAAAACACAUGUUGUAUUUACUUGCAUAAUGAUCACACCCCUGAGUUUUGUCAUGAAAAUUUUAUUUUUAUUUUCUCAUGCGUAAUGAUUGCACCCCAAACUAACUGUCACAGCCAGUAGCGAGGGCAAUUUCCAUUCAACAGUCAUGUGAAUGUGGAAAUGCUAGAACACUGUGUUCUAGUUACUCCCAAUUUAUUCAUAGGUCAUCUGUCUACGUUAAUAAAGAUGGAAAUGGCACUGCACAGCGGCAUACAUCUUUGGCAGCUUCUGUAUCAACUGUCAGGAAAUGUUCCUUUUAGUAAAAGUGCAGCAUUUUUACUGCGGCAGCCUCCAAAGUAGGGGCUGUUUGGAAGGUUCCAGUGAAUCUUCAUCCGUGAAUGAAAAUGUUGCAAUGUUACUGCAACUUGUCUACUUCAUCAGAACAUCUCUGCAUUCCUUAAAAAUCGUGGUAAUUCAUAGUUCAGUUUUCCAUUUUUCAUUUGCAGUUCGUGUAGAACCAAAACCUAAAUGAUAGCCACGUAUGGAAAAAUAGCUGCAGAGCAGAGAGAUCAAGUCAGCUCAGAACUGUAAAAAAAUAAUUAAUGUUCACUUUCAUAAAAUCUGACCAUUCCCGACGAGAGGAGUCUUUGUUAGUGCAUAUAUUUGAAAAGUGAAAAAGAGGUGGGGCUGUGUGCCAGUAUACUUGCAUUUGAUACUUUAAUAUACAAGCAAGCUCCCCGGCAGGUUCGGUGGCCAACGAAGGCAGCAAGCUUAUCUUAAUGUCAGAUUGCUAGUAGAACACUAGUAGUGCAAUCUUCUGUGUGUAUGUGUGCGUGCAACCUCUGCAGGGUACCCUUAUAUGCCACUUGUCUGUAGCCUUUAGUCAUUAGAUCUCACCAAUAGGACCUUUAGUCCCUAUCCGUCUCUGAAAAUGAGUGUGUCCAGUAAACGUUAGUCAUACUUUUGGUUCCUCAAGGGUGGUUAUGCUCACACCUACAUUCACCAAACAGGCUGUAACUGACACUCUUAUACGAAAGUGACACGUGACCUGACUUGGUGAAGCACCGUUUCACCUUUCACGAUGAUGAGAAUGAAUGCCUAAUGUAUGUCUGUGUGAGUGUACGAACGGUGGAAUUAAAUGUUGUCAUGUAAAUCUUUUGCAUAGCAGCACAUGUCUGUGUACGUGUUUUUGAAUUAAAAUAUGCCACUUAUAUGAA